GCGGGUGAGUCAAACCUGCGUCAGACUUCGUCGUGACUUUCCAUAGUAAUUUCUUCAUCCUAUGGGGAACCGAUUUAUCCCACAACACAGGCAUAACCACGUGGAAACCAGAGGUGCGAGCAGGUCUUUUGCAGAGCUACAGAAGGUCGUUAAAGCGCUGAAGCGAGAUAAACAGUUGCAAUAAGCCAUUACCUGCACGAGUUAAUGUUAUUGUAGAAAGCAAACUUGUGGCAGGCGUUGAGCUCCUGCGUCAGACUUUACGCACCAUGCGCCCUGUGUGACUGGAAGCUCUGUGGUUUCGCAUCUCUUUGAGCGCAGAGAUGUUGCCUACGGAGACAGUGCCUGAAUGAAGAUACCGUACACUCAAUUUGGAGUCAUACUGUCGCACUGACUCGGACGUUAUAACCUCGUUCUGCGCACUAUAUAAGCCCUUUCUCUUCACAGAUUUAAGAAAAAAAGCACAACUUUCUUUCCCUGCUUACUCCUUAUCUCCAUCCAGUCAGUCACCUCAGGCACUCCUCCUUGCCUCCACCACCCUCAACCUGAAGGAGCUCCUGUGUUGCAGCCAUGCCAAAGAACACCAAGGUGACCCAGCGGGAGCACAGCAAUGAGCCGGUCACUGAGUCGGUGGCUGACCUGCUGUCCCUGGAGCACCCCAUGGACUAUAAGAGCAGUCAGAUGAGUAUGGGUCUGAGUCCUGGCUCUACUGCUCCAGUAAAGGCCCUGCUACCCUCCCCUGACCCAGACGCUGAGGAUGGCCGACCGGCCUGGAACAACAAGCUAGAGUACAUCUUGGCCCAGGUGGGCUUCUCUGUGGGCCUGGGUAACGUCUGGAGGUUCCCCUAUCUGUGCCAAAAGAACGGUGGAGGUGCGUACCUGGUUCCCUACUUUAUUCUCCUCCUCCUCAUUGGCAUCCCCUUGUUCUUCCUGGAGCUGGCGGUGGGUCAGAGGAUCAGGCGUGGCAGCAUCGGGGUGUGGAACUAUGUCUGCCCACAUCUGGGAGGCAUUGGGGUUUCCAGUCUGAUGGUUUGCGGUUUUGUGGGCCUCUAUUAUAAUGUGAUUAUCGGCUGGAGCAUCUUCUAUUUCUUCCAGUCAUUCCAAUAUCCGCUGCCUUGGGCUGAAUGCCCUGUCCAGAUAAAUGGAACCCAAGCCAUCGUGGUUCCAGAGUGUGAGAAGAGCUCGGCCACCACUUACUUCUGGUACCGCCAGACUCUCAACAUCACCAGCUCCAUCGACGACACGGGCGGCCUGAACUGGAAGAUGACCCUGUCCCUGCUUGUGGCUUGGAUCCUGGUCUGCCUGGCUGUCAUCAAGGGCAUCCAGUCCUCCGGAAAGGUGAUGUACUUCAGCUCUCUCUUCCCGUAUGUGGUGCUUUUCUGUUUCCUGGUGCGAGGUUUGCUGCUAAAGGGAGCGGUGGAUGGCAUCGCUCACAUGUUCACCCCUAAGCUGGAAAAGAUGUUGGAGCCGCAGGUGUGGAGAGAAGCAGCCACGCAGGUCUUCUUUGCUCUCGGUCUGGGCUUUGGAGGCGUCAUCGCUUUCUCCAGCUACAACAAGCGAGACAACAACUGCCACUUUGAUGCAGCGCUGGUCUCCACCAUCAACUUUGUUACCUCCAUCCUGGCCACUUUAGUUGUGUUUGCUGUCCUGGGGUUCAAGGCGAACGUCAUGAACGAGAAGUGUGUUGUCGAAAAUGCAGAGAAGAUCCUGGGCUUCUUAAACACAGGUGUGCUGAGCAGAGAGCUCAUCCCUCCUCACAUCAACUUCUCCCACCUGUCCACCGAGGACUAUGCAGAGAUGUACAGCGUCAUUAAGACGGUGAAGGAGGACAGCUUCGGCCAGCUGGGCCUGGAUGCCUGUUUGUUGGAGGACGAACUCAACAAGGCUGUUCAGGGCACUGGCCUGGCGUUCAUCGCCUUCACAGAGGCCAUGACACAUUUCCCUGCCAGUCCCUUCUGGUCUGUCAUGUUCUUCUUCAUGCUGAUCAACUUGGGUCUGGGAAGCAUGAUUGGCACCAUGACCGGCAUCACCACACCCAUACUUGAUGCUUUCAAGAUCCGCAAAGAGAUCCUGUGUGUGGCUUGCUGUGUCAUAGCCUUCCUGUUAGGCCUACUGUUUGUGCAGCGUUCAGGAAACUAUUUUGUCACCAUGUUUGACGACUACUCAGCUGGUUUGCCUCUCACUGUGGUGGUGAUCCUGGAGAACAUCUCUGUAGCCUGGAUCUACGGCACUAAGAGGUUCAUGCAGGACCUGGAGGACAUGCUUGGUUUCAGGCCGUACUCCUUCUAUUACUACAUGUGGAAGUACGUGUCACCAGCUGUCCUGGUGGUACUUAUCAUCGCCACUGUCAUCGAGAUGGCCAUCAGUCCUGCAGGAUACAACGCCUGGGUGGAGGCUGAGGGCGCAGAGCGUUUCCAUAGCUACCCUCCCUGGGCUUUAGCCAUGGCCUACGCCCUCAUCGUGGUGGCUAUGCUGCCUCUACCCAUCGUCUUCAUCGCCCGUCGCUUCAACCUGAUCUCAGAUGGCUCCAACACGCUGUCCGUCUCCUACCGUAAAGGCAUGAUGAAGGACAUCUCCAACCUCGAAGAGCAAGAUGAGCAGCGCUUCAUCCUCAGCAAGAACCCCAGCGAGACUCCUUCCCCAAUGCCCGCCCACCGCACUUACCUGGGCCCCGGUGGCACCCAGGAGAUGACCAACACCAACUAUGGCACCAGCACCAAGACGGGCUACCAGAACAUCGGCUCGCCCGAGUCUGAGCUAUGAUCCACUGAGCUCAUAGAUCCUCCCAUCCAUUAAACCCCGGCCCUGCUUGGAGAGAGGGAGACAGAGUAAGAAAGGGAGGAACAGAGGAAGUCAAGAGGGAGAGAAAAUCCACUGCCAGUUGUUGCAGCGUUCAUCACACCUUAACCCCCAGAGCUGAAUCCCUCUAUCCCUUCUUUUCUGCUCCAUCGCUCCAUACCUGUGGUUCUUCCCUUCUUCCCCGCCGUAGGAUCCGUGCUGCUAACUGCCUGUCAAUCCCAGCUGUAAUGACAGGAUCAGGGGAAUGUGAGUCCCACCAGAUAUGAUGACCUUUUCCAUCUAUCAACGUAUAACAGGGGCAGAGAGAGAGGGACAGAGACAGGAACAGAGGGAGGAAUGAAGCUUAGAAAGGUCCACUGAGGGCUUAGAUACAGGCUUUGUUUUGUAAUAAGCUCUGGCCGAAGUUAAGCUGUGUGCAAUGCUUAAAUGCUUUACAUUGUACUGAACCGCAAUCCUAUGUGUUCACCAGUUUGGACAAGGUUAUUUUUGAGACAGUUCAUAGAUCUAGGAGAUCAUCAUCUUAUUCUGGUUCAGUUGUAGAGGAUUGUUAUUUGUGGGGAUAGGAUGGAAGGAGACUCGUAAAAAACACGUAUAAGAGCAUUUCUCAGAAAACAAAAUGAUUACAAAUGCAUCUAUAACAACCAUGUAAUAAGUGAUUUUGAUAGUGUAAACAGUGUUACAAGCACAUUACAUUUUUAAGUUUAUUGUGCCUAUCAUGCAUCAGCAAUAAUAACCAGUCAUAGUAGGGUCCUCUUAAAACUGUGGAUCUCCUUCUAUCCCUGCUUUCCCCACUGAUGUAGAAAACUGUACAUAUGUGUUGUGCAAUAGUCUGAGAUGUCACCGUAAAUUGUGUAUAUACACCGCACUAGUGCAAAACUUUUUGCCUCUUCAUUUCUUCUCCGUUAACACCGAAGCAUAGACACCCGCUAUCGUUAGAGCAUCUCUGAGCCUUAACAUAGAGCAGCACCUUUCUUUUAAACAACCUUUCUCCUCGACAAACAAGGCUCUAGAGUUGUUGCCAACAGCACUGCACACAUCGUCACUGUGCUGUUCUAGUCGCAUCUGGCUAGACAAAGCUUUUCCAUUUUAAUCAAUCAUUUUAAUCAAGCGUGUCCAUUUUAAUCAAUGCCUUAGAAGGGCUGAGGUGGCAGUGCACGUGCAGAGAUAAGCAGAGCGGCUUGUCUUUUAAGAGCGGGGAGCUUCAUGCUCGUCUGUCUGUGUUUAGAGUGGCAGACCGAGAAGGAAUCGGAAAUGUGAGUUUUCUCUUUGUGUACGUGCAGAUGUGCAUGUGCAAGGGCAAGUGUGCGUGCGUCAGUGUGUUGUCUGCCACCGAACGAGAGCUCCCGGUGACCCUGCCUCUUUAAAAAUAGAGCUGCGUUACCCAGGGGAAGCCGUGGCAACGCACCAUAGAUACAGAUCCUCUUCUGAUGUGGAAGAGAGGAGAGCGGACACCUUGCUUUGUCUGCUCCACCUGCACGGCUGUUUGUUCAGCAAUACAGAGAUGAGACAUUUUACUGUUGAGGUCCUACUAGAAUAUAUCUCUAAUGUAGUUACAGUGCAUUGAGUAAGAGGUUCACUUCCAAGGCCAUGCUGUGAAUUUAUUACACUUUCUCCCUAAGAGGAUGAUGUUUGGGUUCAAUUGUUGUACAUUCCUCAAAUUGUGACCCCUAUGAACAUCAUUUCAUAAGCACUACAAUCUACACUUUGAUGUCUUUUUGUGAACCGAGGUGUGAAAACUAAAGCCUUUUUUUCAUUUUUAAUGUAUAAUCUUGUAUGACUAUGUAUGUUUAGGGGUAUAAUGUGGAAAAUGUACCGUAAUAUAAAUGUUUGGAAUAAGUGGUAAUACACAGUUUUAACCACUGGAUGUCUCUGCUGGCCAGCAGAAGAACCAAUGACGCUCUCUCUGUCUCGGUGGCCCCUCCCUGAGACAACACCAAUACUUGAGACUGAACAGAUGUAGUGUGAAGCACAGUCAGUCACAUUGUUUGGUGCCUGAAAAGCAUCUCUGUUGUCUGUUUGCCUUAUGCUUUUGUCAUUAUGUUUUCUUGAUUACGUAGCGCGUUUGUGUAGAGUUUGGACCAAUGUCUCGUCUGACUUCACUUGAGCACUUUAAUUAGGUGGAGACCCUGGAGUUGUUUGUUAAGUACAGAUCUGACAAAAGCUUUGUGGAGUUUAAACAUUAAGUACAAGAAUGCUGUCACAGAAUAUGUACUGCUUAUUUACAUAUAGAGAGAUUGAGGGCUGAGUGUCCAUGAAAGGCAUCUAGUUUCUUGUGUGUUAGUACGCUAGAUCUUAUGUCUUUACACACAAAAUUUUAGCAUUUUAUUAAGUUAUAAUGUGGCAUCUUAUGAUGUUAAAAGUGAAUUGAUACGUUGAAUUUUGCCCCGUUAUCAUACCAAUGUUGAUUGACCCUUCCAAGCCAUUGGCUGUCAAUAAUAGAUCCUCCCUAUUUUACGUGAUGUAAGUGUUGACCCAUGCAUAGCUGUUGUCAUAUGUGGUCAUGUGGCCUCCAACAUAGCUCUUGUAUCUGCUCAGGUUUCAGGCUACAGUACCUAGUACUUAGUAGUGCCUACAGUAGCUGUGAUAUAUUGUGUGGUAUAUACUUUUGUAUAUACUGAAGUGAUGAAUAAUAUCAUUCCAUAUUGAUCUACCAUAAACCACUCCCAUUUUUCAUAAUGAUAAUACGAGGCGAGAAAGUCUGCAUUAAAGGGAUUGAAGGGCAGUAAUACAGUACUAUGAGUAUGUGAACCACUGUAAAAAGAAAACAAUAGAAAAACGAAGGGAUCGUUCCACACUGCCCCCCCCCCUAAAUCACAGGAAAAGUGAUUGCUCUCCAUCCUGAAUGCGUUAAGAUGUUUUACAGACGAACAUGUGAACAUGCUUUUAACAUCUUAAAAUGCUAGAUUAUAAACUGUUCCGUUGCUAAAAUUUAACAUGCAAAAACAUACAGAACUGUUCUGAUAACCUGUACAAGAAACCAAUUGGCUUGCGACACAAGUGGCACAUAACCUCAGGUGAAGGUACUCACCUGCAGCAUUGGCUUAGAGUUAAAGCACAUUUAGGGAAGCACAGGAAAGUUGAGCACAAAGGAGUUUCAUGUCUUAGUGAGCAAUGAAUUUCACCACUCAAUGAGUUAAAAUGUUAGUGUGGGUGAACUAGAUGAUGAAACUUUAUGUUAGGUAUGGUCUGAUUCCUGCACCCUCCAAGGGGAGGAUAAGACCACACACUGAAAUGCACUGCCAUCUUCACAAGAGGCUAAACUGCACCAUUAGUUUGCUCUGCACCUGUACUGUAGCUACAGACUGAUCUGCACAAUAAAUACAUGAGAAAUGUCAGGAGUGACAAACCUAAGCUACAUACUGAUGUGUAGGAUCCUGUGCACAAAGAGCACAAUCAAAACAUGUGAGUUUAUAUGGUCUUUUGGAAACAGCAAUCUCACCUUGUGGCUUAUUUCAAUACAUGAUGCACAGUUUGCCACAUUUCGCCAAGGAGUUCCCAUACUUCCGAGCACUGUUUGGAAGAAAUGUCUUCUCAUAUUGGUUCAAAUUUGCUCAGUAAUUAGGUAUUGGCAUUUAGUAUUGAUAUUUCAUAUUUAUUCUUGAAAACAAAGACUCCAACUCCAGGGUCUCUUUGUCGUGUCCAUGUGUCAGCUGUGUUGCAUUAUGUACUACAAAGCAACUUCUAGAGGUUAACUCAGUUAAGUCACUGAGAUUAACUCAACAAAAGUAGAGUAAUAGUGUAUUUAUUUAACUGUGCAAAUAGUCUUUAUGUGACCAAACCCAUAGUUAUAUUUAUAGUAUUUAAGACAAUGUAUUUACAGUAAUCUGUACAUAUUAAUGUACAUUCUGAUAAAUUCACACUGAGUAUCUAUAGUAAGAAUGACAGGGUGUAUACUUGAGCUGUAAAUAAUAAUGGUAUAUUUUGAGAUAUUUUUUGAUUUUUGUACUGUAGGUAAUGUUACUUUGGUGUUUGUUGGUUUCUGGUGUUAGUGUGUGGUUGUUCUCAAUCAAAAUAGCUGAGUGACUGUGUGUGUGUGUGGGUGUGCAUGUGUGUGCGUGCGUGUGUGUGUGUGUUUAAAGUAAAAGUAUAUGUAGGUUUUUGGUGUUUAAAUGUCUUUUUUUCUCCUCUCUCAGUGUCGUGUGCUGCUGAUCUAAUCCAGUAGAUAAAAUCCUGUUGUUACAGUGAACUGGGACCACUAAUGUAAGCAAUCUCUUCUCUGUGUUUCUCACUGGAACUGCAAGUGGCUUCCAGCACAAAACUGGCAACACAAUCAAAAGGAAGUGUUUGUGUAUAACAAUGAGGACAAACUUAAGUUGUAUGGUUGAAGAUAGUGAUGAACUGUAGAAACACAAUGGAGUGAACAGGAAAUUAAAAUAACCACUUUUACUAAACAGA